CUAUCAACUACUAUCAUCAUCGUAUGGCUAUGGCUAUGCCUAUGGCUAUGGCGGAUAUUGGCCUCUUCCCCAACCUUCCUUCGUCACACUCUGAUCACUCCCACCAGCCAUGGCCAAUCUCACUGCAACUGCAACUCACCGCACUAAUGUCCCUUCGCUUCCCAAACAACCCUCACUCUCUUCUCCACUCAAACUCCAAUUCCAUUUCCCUUUCACUUCUUCCUUCCUCCUCUCUUCUCCUUCUUCCACCUCUCUGCGACUGCACCUCCUACCCCAUGCCUCUCCCCGCAUCAACACUCACCCCCUGCAAAAGGGACUGAAGAUUGUGAGCUCAAAAAGUGAGCCAUUGAAGUUAAUGAUUUCUGGGGCUCCAGCUUCAGGAAAAGGGACUCAAUGUGAGAUGAUUGCUCAGAAGUUUGGGGUGGUACACAUAUCAACUGGAGACAUUCUGCGAGCUGAAGUAUCAGCUGGUACAGAAAUUGGAAACGUAGCAAAGGAGUACAUGAAUACUGGUCGAUUAGUUCCGGAUGAAAUUGUGACAGCUAUGGUGACAGCUCGGCUUUCUCUUGAAGAUGUGAAGGAGAAAGGUUGGCUGUUAGAUGGAUUCCCGCGAAGUUCUGCCCAAGCAGAGGGUUUGGAGAAACAGAAUAUUAGGCCUGACAUAUUUAUUAUCCUUGAUGUACCGGAUGACAUUUUAGUUGAUCGAUGUGUUGGUAGAAGGUUGGACCCUUUGACAGGAAAGAUUUAUCAUAUCAAAAAUUUUCCACCAGAGAAUGAGGAAAUAAGUGGAAGGCUUAUUAUACGCCCUGAUGAUACUGAGGAAAAGGUGAAAGCACGCCUACAAAUAUAUAAACAAAACACAGAUUCAAUUUCAUCAAUGUACACAGAUGUAAUAAAGAAGAUUGAUGGGAACCGCCCUAAACAAGAGAUUUUCAACGAAAUAGAGUCCUUACUGUUGACAUUGCAGAAAGAUAAAGCAGAGAAAUCUAAAACAGGUAAACUGGCAAGAAGUGACAGCCUGCUUGAUAGUUCUUCACAUGAGAAACAGUGGAGAGGAAUACCAACAAGAUUAAACAAUAUUCCCCAUUCGAGAGAAAUAAGGCAAUAUUUCUAUGAGGAUGUGUUGCAAGCAACCAAAAGAGCUGUACAAGAUAGAAAAUCUCGAUUGAAGGUGGAGAUCAAUAUUCCAGAGCUCAACCCAGAAAUGGAUGUUUACCGAAUAGGUACCUUAUUGGAACUUGUCCGCAUCCUUGCUCUUUCCUUUGCCGACGAUGGAAAGCGGGUCAAGGUUUGUGUGCAAGGAUCUAUGGGAGAAGGAGCACUGGCUGGAAUACCAUUACAGCUAGCUGGAAGUCGGAAGAUUAUGGAGUUCAUGGAUUGGGGUGAUUACGGUGCUUUGGGUACCUUUAUCCGGAUUGGGUCCAUAGGCGGCGACCAGGUUGAAGAGGAAGACGACAUGUUUAUCUUAGUGGCUCCCCAGAAUGCAGUAGGAAAUUGUAUUAUUGGUGACCUAAGAGCUAUGACUGACGCUGCUGGCGAUCGUCCCGUAAUUCUUGUGAAUCCCAGGCUAGGGGAUUUACCAGCUUCAGGGGGCAUAAUGCAAACAAUGGGUCGAGAUAAGAGAUUGGAAUAUGCUGCUUCCUUCGAGAUGUGCUAUCUCUUUCGGUUACUCUACUAUUGCGGGACCCAAUAUCCUAUCAUGGGAGCCCUCCGGAUGUCUUAUCCUAAUGAGUAUGAGCUGUACAAGAGAGUCGACGAGGGUCGUAAGAAGGAGAAAUAUGUCCUCCUAUCGAAGUUCUCCGGAAGACCUACAGGCGACGAAAUUAAUGAUGCAUUUGUAGGAAAGCCGAGAGACAAAGCCAAGAAUCCGACUGGAAUAUGGGGAUUCUUGAGUAGCAUUUUUUGAAAAGGAAAUCAAGAAAAGUAGUUAAAUAGCAAGGCACAUACAUAGUAUUGAAGCUAAGGUUGUGUUCGAUCGAGACAUUGUACAUUUGAAGGUCGAAUUGAACAAACAGCCACAGCCAUUCGUGGCAUAUUGAAGGUACUCACUCGGGUUGUUCUUUUUUCUUCCCUUAUUCUCUCUUUUGUUGAAAUAUGUACAUAUGUAUCAGCACAUGUAUCGAAAAGUUUUACGUCUUAAUUAAUUCUCGCUUAUUACCCUUAAA